UUGUUUUUGUAAAUCCAGUGUUGUUAAUAAAAGGACGUUUUUUGUAUUCAUUACUUAUAAAUUUAAAUCGCGCAAAACAAGUAAGAAAUAGUAGACGAAGAAGAUUUAUCAGAUAUGAAGAAAAUACUGCUUCUGCUAGCGCUGCUAGAAAUAGUGCUGUCUAUGCCGCAUCCACCUGGCGCGCAAUGCGACACGUGUGAUGUAAUGACAUGUGAUGACGCCAGUGACUGUCCUCACGGUGUCACUAAAGAUAAAUGUAAUUGUUGUGAUGUUUGUCUUCGGCAUGAUGGUGAGAAGUGCGGUGGCUUGAACACUCGUGAAGGAGUAUGCGAUAAAGAUUUGUUUUGUCAUGUACGCCAUCCAAAUUCACGCAAAAAUAUUUUUAUUGCUCAAAAAAGUGGCAAAUGUGAACCAGUCGCUUGCAAAAAUGUUACAUGUGGUCUUCAUCAAUGGUGUACAUUGCAGAACAACAAUACUAAAUGUCAUUGUAAGGAUGACUGUGUCAAUGUCAGCAUUCCAGUAUGCGGAUUAACCAAUGGGGUAGAAUAUAGAAAUCCAUGUGAACUGAAGAAAGAAGAGUGUCAAACUCAAAUUAAAAUUGAAUUUCUUCCAGGACCAUGCGAAGAAUGCACACAUAAAAGUGUUGUAUACAAACAUGGCGAAACGUUGAUGACGGACAAUCCAUGUGAAGUGAAAACUUGUCGACACGGAAAGUUUCAAGAAACAUUGGAUAAAGAAUGUCUAAAAGGUCUUGGCUUCACUUGCACUACUGGUUCAAGCAAAUACGCUGACAUUAGUUGCAAUGAAACAUCUUUCUGUCAAGUAGCAGUUCAAAACGAUGAUGAGUUUCCCAAUUUAGGGAAGUGUAUGGAGUUAGACCCAAAUAAAUGUAUAAUGGAUGGCAAAACAUAUCAAGUCAACCAAACUUUUAUCAAUGAAGCAUGCGAUGGACAAUGUAAGUGUUAUGGUGGGAAUCGAGUUGCUUGCGUAUCUUUGUGUCCACCACAUUAUGCUGUCUGUUCACCAGACCAAACGUCUGUUGAAGAACCUGUUCUUGUUUCAAAGGAUCCAAAGUGCCACUGCCUUCGCAAUAAAUGUGUACCCAAUGCUGAAAUUUGUAAAAUGAAACCAUAUGCUGGACCAUGUUUUGGUUAUUUUGAAAAAUGGCAUUUUGACACUAAGACAAAAAAAUGCGACACAUUUAUCUAUGGUGGAUGUCGUGGAAAUGCCAACAAUUUUGAAACAGAAGAAGAAUGUAAAAACACUUGUCAGCGGCAUAACGUUGAGAAAGACAUUGAUGACAAUAACGAUGACGUAACCGAAGAAACAGGAACACCAACAAAAAGUGUAAAACAAGGUCCAAAAAUGAGUUCCACCGAUAUGUAUAUCCAAGGAACAGUUACUUUUGCUGGUAAAGAGCAAGUGUUACCAUCGAAAUCAUGCUUAAUGGUAUUUUUACAAGACAACACCUACGCGGACGCCGAAUCUAUCACUUUAUCCAAUACAAAAUUUGAUCUCUCAAACGACGAUACAAGACAAAAGUUUCGUUAUACCUUCGUAACAAAAAAGCCCGACGAGUCGGAACUUGAUAGAUCAUUUUCACUGUAUGCAGCUUUACACGUUGGUUGGUGUCCUCUAGGACGAGAAGCUAUCAAAGCUGGAGAUUACAUUAUGGAUACUGACCAUCCGCUCGACAUUAGGACUGAAUCAAAUAGAUACAACAAAGAUGUUACCUUAAACUGCUAUAAAUGUUCAGAGGAUUUAAAAGAUACAAAAUCACCAUUUGAACAAUCAAUAUUUGCCGAUGAAGUAUCAAUAGGUGGCGGUGAGAUGACUAUAACAGGUGUUAUUAAAUUUCCUCACGAAGUUGGAAAGUUGCCCACUCCAUCAUGCUUACGAAUACAACUUCGAGAUGUUUCUAGAAUGGAUGUUCCUGCUAUUGUGCAUGGUUCUACUGAAAUCAAUGUCACUGGAGUAUCGAUUGGUGAUACCUAUUCUUAUAUCCUGCAAUUUGAAAAACCACCACAUUCAAAUUACCCAUAUAAAUAUAGCAUGAGUGCUGUGUUGAAUCAUGGAUGGUGCCGUGGGAACAAUUCAAAAGAAUGGAUAAGAAAGGGUGAUUAUACUACAGACACAAUACACCGAGUUAUAGUGUCAGCUUCAUCAAACGAUUAUGAUAUAAAUAUGAAAAUGAAAUGCUAUGCUUGCCCUGAUAGUAGAGGAAAGGUCGGCACAGACUCUCCACCAGUUGUGCAACCAGCUAGAGAUGAAUCUGUCAUUAUACCGGGAGAAGAAGAGAAGGAGGAAGAGGAGGAAAGAACUGGUGGCUUUCCAGAUGUAUUCAAUCCAUCGUCCACCGAUCCUCAUUAUGAUCUAAGUUUAAGAUUUGGUGAUAAAAACAUGUCCAUCAAAGGCGUUAUCAAAUUCCCUCACAAAGUUGGAAAGUUGCCCACUCCAUCAUGCUUACGAAUAAAACUUGAAGAUGUUUCGCUCCUGGAUGCUCCUUCUCUUGUGCUUGCAUCUACUGAGAUUAAUGUAUCCGGAGAAACGAUUGGAAAAAGUCUGCCUUAUCUUCUCAAGUCUAGAAAACCUGCUGCAAAUUAUCUUCAAAUGUCUUACAGCUUGAGCGCAACAUUGAAUUAUGGAUGGUGUCGCGAUGGUAAAUCAAAUAAAUGGUUGCAAAAUGGCGAUUACUUGGUAGAUACUCAACACCCUCUUAAAUUGUCAGCAUUAUCAGAUGAUUAUAACAUGGAUAUCAACGUGAUUUGUUACACUUGCCCAGCUAACAGAGGAAAGGAUAACACAGACUCUCCACCAGUUGUGCAACCAGCUAAAGAUGUAUCUCUUAUUAUAUCGGAAGAAGAAGAAAAGGAAAAAGAGGAAGAUAUAGCCCCACCAGGUGGAUUUCCAUUCGGUGGUACUCCAGAAGGUCCCAAAAUGAGUGACAAAAUUAUCACAAUCACAGGUAGCGUAAAAUUUCCACAUGCUGUCAAAUUACCAUCCCCCUCAUGUUUACGUGUCAAAUUCCUUGACACCUCCGUACAAGAUGCUUCAGCUGUUAAACUUGGUGAAGAAAGGUUUGAUGUGUCCAAUCUAAACACUGAAAAAGGAUAUACAUAUGUCAUUACAACAAAAAAACCAGCCGAUGAUGAAUACUGGAGAACUUUUACUAUGAGUGCAGUAUUGAACAAAGGAUGGUGUCCAACAGCAAAUUCAAGACAGUGGCUUCGCAAAGGGGAUUAUUUAAACGACUUUACCCAUCAAGUCUCGUUGACAAAGGAAAAAUCUUCUUAUAAAAAGGACAUCGCUGUUACAUGUUACGAAUGCAAAGAUGAGGAUAUUGUGGCUAGUACAAAGACCAAGCCAGCUCCACCAAUGGUACUAGACGACUCAGAACAACCUAAACUCGGAAAUACAUUUAUGGAAAUUUAUGGAUACAUUCGCUUUGAUGAAAAGUUAGGCAAACUACCCAAUGGGUCAUGCUUAAAAUACAGUUUCUUUGAUGUCACCAAUCUUGAUGAUGUUGCCAUUAAAAUUGAUGGAAGAGUUGAAGAUGUAAGUGGAAUGGAAAUUGGUAAUAAGUACAAAUACUCCCUCGGCUUCAACAAACCCAAAGAUUCCGAACUUUUGAGAGAUUACAGUAUGGAAGCCAUCUUGAAUGUUGGUUGGUGUGCUACAGAAAAUGAUACUAAAUCGAUUCGUGAUGGUGAUUUUAGUGUGGACACAAGCCACGCUGUCAUUCUGACAAAAGAAGCUAAUACAUAUGAAGCAAAUAUCCUUUUGAAAAAACUUUGUACAUCAAAGGCUUGUUUGAAAGAUGAACUGAAAACUUGUUAUGAUUCAUACUUAAACAAAACAUUCAACCACAACGAUAUCUGGUCACGUGAUCCAUGUACCGAAUGUGAAUGUCUCGACGGGAUUGAUUCGUGCACAGUGAUUGAUUGUUUACCAUGCGAAAAUCCUGUCAAAGUUCAAGGACAGUGUUGUCCAAAAUGUCUUGAAGCUCCACCUUUGGCGCAAUGUUUCGACGCUAAAGAAAAUAAAACAGUCCAGGAAGGAGAGACGUGGAAUAAAGAUGCAUGCACAUUCUGCACUUGUUCUCGUGGCCAAGAACAAUGCGUUACUAUGGACUGCCCAAGACCUAUAUGCGACAAUUCAGUGUACAUGCCAGGAGAAUGUUGUCCAGUGUGCCCUAAACAAAACGAUACUUGCUUUGAUCGAACCCUUAACAAGACUUUUAAAAACGAUGAAAAUUGGAAGCAAACAUCGUGCACAGAUUGCACAUGCUCUAAUGGAGAAAUUACUUGCGCAGCCAUAUAUUGUAAUAUUGCAUGUCAAAACCCUGUUUAUACAGAAGGAGAAUGCUGCCCAACGUGUCCUGGAACUUGUUUAGAAGACGAUGUGCACUAUAAGUAUGGCGAGAGCUGGAAAAAGGACGAUUGCACAACAUGUACGUGCGAUGCUGGAGCAAUUAUCUGUGCGUCACAUGAUUGUUUUUUGAGAUCAUGCAAAAACCCAAGAAAGAUACCUGGGCAGUGCUGUCCGGUAUGUGAUGACAUCAACGAAUGCGUUAAUGGAGAUAACACUUAUGGGAAUGGAGAAUCUUGGACAGAAAAUAAUGGAUGUAAUCAUUGCAUGUGCUUGGGUGGUAAAAAGUAUUGCGCGGCACCUGUCUGCAGCUUCCCUGAUUGCCCUGAUGGUAACAUCACCAACGUAGAAGGAAUAUGCUGUCCGGUGUGUUCCACAAGUACAAUAUGCAAAGAUAAGAGAACUAAUCGUUCCUACAUAGAAGGAAACCUGUGGCAGGAGGAAAAAGGAUGCUUCUUAUGUCAAUGCACAGAAUCUGGUAUUGACUGUAAUCCACCAAAUACCAAUCUUACAGGUUGCCGGAACGUGGCAUCGUUCAACGCAGUGUGUGGAAACGUCUGUUUGGAUGCAUCUAAACCAUCUCGAGAUGUGGAUCCCUGAGUCAUUCAAAAUAUCGCACUCAAACUAAACGUAACGCCGAUAUUGUAGCAUCAUUUCAUGACAUAGUGAAUUGAUGUUGUUGUAUAUUAAAGUAUUUAAAUUUUUACGGUACUUUUUUUGUAAAUUUCUAAAGAAAAAAAAAAUUAUAAUA